UGACGUGGGAAAAAGAGGUGGAAAUUUCCCCUGCUUUGGCUAUAUGUCGUGGCGUACUCAUCACAAGCGAGUGGCUUUCGCUGCCAUUUCUGCUUUACACAAAUUACACUGCAUUAAACACAUACCGACACUUGGGCUCCUCUUUUAUCAGAUUACGUUUUCAUACGCCAAAAUCAAAACACGCACCCCCCCCCCCCCCCCCCCCCCCUCUCUCUCUCUCUCUCUCUGAGCUAGUAUCUUACAAGUUACAAGUUUCGACGUACUGAAUAUUUUUUGGGGGGGGCAAUGCUGUGAUUUAUUUUUGUUUCUUGCGAUUGGGUGGUCUCCUUUCAGGCAUGGACAAUUAUAAAUUGUACGUUUCGGGUGUGUGUGAAAUGUGAACCCGUUGUGUUUUAUAAGGAUUAGAGCUUGGUGAUAUAGCAGUUGUGAGGCAGUUGGGUCUUUGGGGAUCUGGGUUUGUGUUGGUUAAGGAUGGGGAGCACAGAGGAGAGAGUCGUUGCUGUGAUCAUGGUUGGAGGACCUACUAAAGGUACUAGAUUCCGACCACUCUCAUUGAACAUUCCAAAGCCGCUUUUUCCUUUAGCUGGACAGCCUAUGGUUCAUCAUCCAAUUUGGGCUUGUAAAAGGAUUCCGAACUUAGCUCAGAUCUAUCUUGUUGGUUUCUACGAGGAACGAGAAUUCGCAUUAUAUGUAUCCUCCAUCUCUAAUGAGCUCAAAGUCCCUGUUAGAUACUUGAAGGAAGACAAGCCACAUGGUUCAGCUGGUGGGCUUUAUAACUUCAGAGAUCUGAUCAUGGAAGACAACCCAUCACAUAUUUUCUUGCUCAAUUGCGAUGUUUGCUGUAGUUUUCCGCUGCCAGAGAUGCUUGAGGCUCACAGAAGAUAUGGUGGGAUGGGAACGAUCCUAGUAAUCAAGGUUUCUGCUGAGUCAGCAAACCAGUUUGGAGAAUUGGUAGCUGAUCCAGUCACCAAUGAACUAUUGCAUUACACAGAGAAACCUGAAACUUUUGUAAGUGACCGAAUAAACUGUGGUGUAUACAUCUUUACCCCAGAUAUAUUUACUGCCAUCCAGGGGGUUUCCACUCAGCGCAAAGACACAGCUAAUCUGAGACGUGUAUCCAGCUUUGAAGCCCUCCAGUCAGCAACAAGGAGUCUGCCGACAGAUUUUGUAAGACUGGAUCAAGAUAUUCUAUCACCGCUUGCAGGGAAGAAGCAGUUAUAUACAUAUGAGACCUUGGACUUCUGGGAACAGAUCAAAACUCCUGGGAUGUCCUUGAAAUGUUCUGCUUUGUAUCUUGCACAAUUCCGGUUCACCUCCCCCCAUCUUUUGGCAAGUGGAGAUGGUACGAAGAGUGCUGCCAUUACUGGUGAUGUGUUUGUCCAUCCGUCAGCAAAACUACAUCCAACUGCUAAGAUUGGUCCCAAUGUCUCAAUAUCUGCAAAUGCCCGUAUAGGAGCUGGUGUAAGGCUCAUCAGUUGUAUCAUCCUCGAUGAUGUUGAAAUUAAGGAAAAUGCAGUUGUUAUUCAUGCAAUUGUUGGGUGGAAGUCGUCUAUUGGGAGAUGGUCCCGGGUCCAGGCUAAUGGAGAUUGCAAUGCAAAACUUGGGGUUACAAUACUUGGUGAAGCUGUGACUGUUGAAGAUGAAGUCGUGGUGAUUAACAGCAUUGUUCUACCAAACAAGACUCUCAAUGUUAGUGUUCAGGAGGAAAUAAUUCUAUGAUAAAGCAAAGAUCGACUUCACACUUAUCAUCGAUCUCUCUCUCUCUCUCUCAAAAUAGUUAUUUUUAUCCUCUCAUAAUCUCAUUACUGUUCUUCAAGUAGAAAAUCCAGUACAUUAAAUGGCUUUUAUUGUACUUGUGUAAAACUCACAUUUCUCUAAUAAGAAUAAGAAUAAGAAUUUUGGUU